AGAAAGAACGUUUUAGAAGCCUACAUUACGGAAAACGCCGAAGAACGAUCGCGCGCACACACGUGUUUGUGGUUAGUGUAGCUCUGGUGCGCUGAUGGGUUGGGAACCGAGCUGCAUCGCUUAAUUAUUCUCAACAGCAGCAGUUGUACAGUCGUAAUCUUCUCCUAUGUACAACGCUGCCAACGACUCCGAGCUACUGAGUCGAGACAAUGUCGGUGCACGGAGCGCCACCGCUGGCAUUGAUCACCGGGAAAGACAGCGCGCAACGCGGGCAAAUUAAUUCCCGUGAAAGACCACCUGAAACGUGAUACGUACGCACACACAAGGGUUUGGCGGUGACAGCAUACGAUGUGUAGGUAGUACGAUAUUAUUGUAACCAUAUGGCUCUGCUAAAAGCGCCGUCCACAAGCAGGAGUGUUUUCACGAGGGAACACGUUCAGUGAAGCGAGUAAUACGCACACGUGUGUGAUCCGUGGACUAAUGAAUCUUGUAGAGUGAACGCAAAAAGAACGGACUGUGACGAUUUUUGUUUUUAACGCACGAAGAGAUCCGAUAAGACCCGAAAGGUGUCGGACCAGGUUUGGUCAGGUUGACUUGAUCGGACGAUCGAACACACACCUGUCACUGUCAGGUGUCAAUAAUGGCACGAUCUGCGAUACUCCCGCUGUUUGCCGCCUGCAUCUUGUUAACCGACGCGUCACAGGACGACGGAGGACCACUCAACGUAACAGUCAGCGGGCAGCCGCUACUGAUGAAAUUUCCGGUUCCGGUGGUGUCUUCUGUGACUGACUUUCUGCACAUUGAGCUCACCAAAUCGACGACAUCCAGCCUGGGCAUAACGUGGACGCUCCCGGACUACAAACAGAACGGGACCCUCGAAGCCGUGUUCGUCGGCUACAAGCAGAGCUUAGGCAAAUUCGUCUCCGACAGACUGGACGGCGCCGUGGACGAAUUUGAGCUGAGCCAUCUAAAGACGGACACGGAUUACACAGUGUGCGUGGAGGUGAUAGAAAACGUGACCAACACGCUGGUGUCGCACGCCAAGUGCGUGACGCUGAGGACGAUCAAGGUCAUCAGGACAGACAGUAUUCUUAUCCUUCUCUUCGUGAUCGCCUACACGAUCGGUCUGCCCGUUCUGGGCUGCAUCAUGUGGAGACGGAAAGUGGACGCCUUGUCAGGCGUGCACGUUUCGGAGUCGCACGCCAUGCAUAACUACGGACACGACUCCAAGGAUUCGUUGGAGGGGGAGCGACUUUGAUGGAUUUCGUUUGCCGGACGGAAGGUUGGUUUACGAAUCAACUGCCCUUCAUUCACAUGGUGCUCAGCAAUUCUCAGCAAAUACCUUACUUUGAAGUCUUCCACACGGAACACGAGAACUUCUACUUGACAGACGUAGUAGUAAGAGAAUGUCUUAGAAACUCAAGUAUAAACAGAACAAGAAAUACUCGUUUGAAUGUUAUAAUAUGGGGACAUUUAGAUAUGAUGAUGUAAUGUUGGGUUAUUGCAACAAGAAAACAAAACAAGAACAAUAUAAAGAUGGUAUUGAAAAAACCCUCAGUUCAAAUAGAACAAGAAAUAACCGUUUGAAUGCUAUAAUAUGGGGAUAUUUAGAUACGAUGAUUUAAUGUUGGAUUAUUUUAACAACAACAACAACACCAAUAAAAUGAAACAAAAAACAAAACAAAACAAAAACAAUAUAAAGAUGAUAUUCAAAUUGAAAACCUUAAUUCAAAUAAAACAAUAAAUAACCAUUUGAAUGUUGCAAUAUGGGGGAUAUUUAAAUAUGAUGAUGUAAUGUUGGAUUAUUUCAACAACAAGAAAAAAACUAAACCAACCAAAAACAAAAGAAAAACAAAAUAUUAAAAUGGUUUUGAAAACCCCAGUUCAAAUUGCACAAUAAAUAACCGUUUGAAUGUUGUGAUAUGGGGAUAUUUAAAUAUGAUGAUGGAAUGUUGGAUUAUUUUAAAAACAAGACGAAAAAAAAGAAAGAAACCAAAAACAACAAAUAAAGAUGGUAUAUUGAAAAACUCAAUUCAGAUAGAACAAUAAAUAACCGUUUGAAUGUUGUAAUAUGGUAACAGUCAUAUAUGAUGAUUUAAUGUAGGAUUAUUUUGAGAAAAAAACCCCAAGCAAAAUCAUCAAUUUGAAGAUGCUACAGUACUUGGUACGCACAACUUCCUUUUUUGUCUGCAACAUCCAUUCCUUCCAGUGACUUCAAAAUUCCAAUUUUACACAACUUUUUAUUUGUUUGUUUAUUUAUUUAUUUAUUUAUUUAUUUAAUAUUUGAUAUUUAUUUUUCUUUAUUUUUUUUUUUUUUUUGACUGUGCAGAGAUAACCUCUUACAACAGAAGAUAAGAUGAAGCAAAUGGAUUCACAAUGCUUGUUUUGUUUUUAAUAUAAACAAGAAGACAGUUGUUGUAAUUAAGGUCGUAUCUCUGCACAAAUCAAAGAGAUAUUUCGACAAAUUCGUAAUUGUUUACAAGAAUCCUUAUAGAAGGAUUCGCAUCAUCGUCGAAAGAUUUUCCUAUCUUGUGACACUUUCUACUUUUGAGCUUUCCUAUACAUUGAGCCUUAGCAUACGGAUAAGCAGUUAGAAAACAAAGAGCAGAUAACCCAUGGAAAAGUGUGUGGCCUUAUUCACUAUCUCUCGCAAGUCUUGGCGUGAGGAUAACCUGUUAAAAAACAAAGGACAAAUAACCCAUGAAAGAAUCUGUGGCCUAAUUCACCAUCUCUCGUAACUACAAUAUCGCAGUACAAUAAUAUACUCAAAGGCAAAAGUUAUUGUGACAUGGAUUGUUUGAAGUAAUGAAUUUGUGAAUGGAUCUAUGGAUGUAAACAAGAGAAAAUGUGCAUGAAACAGCUCAAAGAAAUGCAACCAAGCAGUUGUUGCAGCGAUUGUAUGCUUUGUUCAAGAAACAUGAAAUAUUCGGGAGAAAUGCUGUCCAGUGUUCACCAUAAAAGGCCAGACAUUCAGUCGUAAAUCAUUGCCACUCUGUGCAGCCUUCAGAAGUCCAGAAGUCAG